AUGAACAAUUUGAUGAAAUACAAACGAUGCCAUACUCCAAAUUUCACUCCUCAUUACUACAAUCUUGACCUUCCGGUCAGUGCAACUCAAGAAGAUGUUGAGCAAGCACAUCACCGUCUUCUCGAAUUACUUCAUCCAGAAAAUUUACGAGAUCCAGAGCAAAGUAGUAGUGCGGAAACUGCCAUUCAGCUUAUCAACGAGGCUUAUGAGGUAUUGAGGGACGAUGAGAAACGGUUUUAUCAUCUAAUGGUUUGUGAAAAGACGUUUGGUUGCCGUUUCAAAUCCGAUUAUCAUCCGAGAUUUGGAGUUGAUUUUUGGGACAGGCAGUGGGCAAAGAAACAUCUCGAAAUUGAUAGCUUCGCGCCUAAACCGUGGCCAUGGGAUUAUGACACUUUAUCAACUGAAAUAAUGUGCCCUACUAGAAAGAAUGACGGUUUCCAAUUUUGCACCGCGACCUGGGUAAAUGUGGCUCAUAUCCUUGUGGACAACCUGCUACCUUACUCUGUAAGCGAUAAUAUAUGGCGUCGUGUUGAAACCUGGAGAAGUGGGAAUCCUAGUAAUGAAACGAUUAAGGACGUAUGUCUUGACUUUCAACGGGGUUGCGACAAUUUUAAGGUUCUGGUAGAAAAGAGAGAAGCGUACAUACCAUGGUCACAAAUUCCAGCCAAUACUGAUUGGCCAACUUUGGGCAAGCGAUGUUCACUCUUCUGUGUCGAUAUUUUGACUGUACCUUUCAGCAUCUUCUGCACCAUCCUUGUCCUCUUGACUUGGGUUAGCCUCCAAACUGUCAAGAAGCGUGAAAGAAGGCGACGACGGCGAGUCUUUCGGCCUCCAUCGGCAAGAUCCGGUCGUGCGUCGACUUAUCGAACAAUAGAUGGUGAUAUGUUACAAUCACAAAAUCAGUCUCACACUAGAGUCCCGAGACAACAAAGUUCCUUUUAUCCUUCAGAAAGAGACUAUUACGCAGAUGAAGAAGCCACACCACUAUACAGUCUAGGAAAUUCGCGAAAGUAUCCUGUAAAGGAAGUCUCAGAUCGAUAUACAAAUCCUUCAGACAAAUCAGCAUCAGCAGAGUACCCCAGUGCGAGAACAAGACAGAGCCGAGCUACAAAUUCUGCUACUACCAAUCUGACAACCAAUCCACAGCCAGCACGACACAAGAUUCUAAAAACACCCCAGCCUCGUUCCCAAAGUCCAAGUCCAAGUCCAAACCCAUCUACUUCCACAACCCCCUCAACUCAAUCCUCUUCAACACAAUCCUCCGACACCAAAGCGCAGCGACCAUCCUCCCCCGCCAACGCCUCCCAAUUUUUCUCCCUCAACGCCUCCGAAAAACACUACUACUAUCCCAAUAACGAUCUUCCUCUACGCGAACGACGCAAUACCUCUACGUCCUUCCCACCCACCCGUCAGCGAUACGUGCAUUACGAAGACGAUAAAAACUGGGCAGAUGAUAAACGCACACCACGUCUCUGCAUGGCUUUAACAGCAACUGGAAAACAGUGUUCAAGAAGAGUUUCACUGGUGACGCCGCUGAGUGGGAGUGUGGUGGAGGCGUUGGUUAGUCCGCUUUGUUUUCAACAUCGGCAUGUAAGGAAAUGGGUCAGGGGAGCUCAUGGGAGAGAUUCGCCUGUAGAGGAGAGUUUAUCUUCGGCGGUGGAAGGGGAUGAGUUGCCGGAGGAGGAGAGCAAGAGGCGAUUGGUUCGGUUCUUCGAUGAAGAUGAGGAUGACGAGUAUCAAUCUAAGUCAUCAGCAUGA